AUGAGCAACGAUAAUCGUCGACAUUAUUCCAACCUACCACCGUACGGGACAGUAGCAUCAGGAUUUGUUCAAGCUGGCGUUUUCAACAGCUUCACUCUGCCUCCUCGAACUUUUGACAGUCUGUGGUUUGGCACUGGAUGUAUCUUCCCCGAAAAAUUCAUCCCUCCUUACCAGGAUCCAGCGUCUCUUUUCAAGCCCUACACCAUUGAUAAAUGUGUCCCAGCCAAGCGACUCGUUCACCGCGACUUACACAAAACCUUCAUACUGUACACUGAUGGUGCGUGUCUUAACAACGGGGCCCCGAACGCAAGAGCCGGCUGUGCAUUUGUUUUUGGAAAGGCUGAGCAAAAUUCAUACGAGCCUACCUGCGCGCGAUUUCCCCUUGAAAAUAAGGGACCAACUGGCGAAUAUCACAGACAAACGAGCAAUAGGGCAGAGCUCCGUGCUGUUCUUGCAGCUUCUCGGUUUUGCGACUGGCGUGUUGGACGGUUCAACAGAAUGGUCAUUGCAACUGACUCAGAGUAUGUAGUCGAGGGCAUUACUACAGGGCUACGAAACUGGAUCCCACGUGGGUGGAGAUUAAAUGAUGGAUCGCCAGUCAUGAAUCAAGACCUUUGGGCGUGCCUUCUCGGUGAAGUUGAACGGUGGCACACAUAUGGCAUGAAAAUGGAAUUCUGGCGCGUUAGCAGAUUGGAGAACCGAGAAGCAGAUCGUUUUGCAAGUAUUGCUGCUUCUGAAAGGCGAGAGGAUAGUUUUCAGGAUCACAGGCUUGGGGUGUGA